GCGACGUGACACCAACAGUGUGGCAUCGUGUCUCGAGUCCGUUGCUUCUCCUCUCUCUUGAGAACAUCGAGGGCAAAAAAGCACAACACACGCGGGCGGCCUCGAUCGUUUUUAUUCCGUCUCGGGGAUCAGCGCCACUGAUCUCUCUCAGUAUCCGUCGGGUUGAAGGAUCCGUCGGAUCUCGUGGUGUUCCUCUUAGUGCCAAAUCGUGGAAUUCGCUGUUGAUUAAACCGUGAAAAACAUUGAAAUUUAAUUGAUCUCAGUAAUUUAAGCUGCUCGAGGAGGAAGGUCGACUGGUUUUCCGAAGACGAGAGAAUAAUUGUCGUUCUUUCGACGCAGAAUCGAUCGCACGAGUCGAGAGUUAAAGAAUUUCAAAUAAAUCGGAAAAAAGGAAAAUAUGGAACAACAGGAGAGCGUGGCUACGGACGUGCCGAGCGUCGUCGAACUGAACGUCGGAGGUGUUUUUUACACAACCUCACUGUCAACCCUAACCCGUGAAACGGAUUCUCACUUAGCCGCCAUAUUCACCGGCAAAAAAUCGGUCGAAAAAGACGCCAAGGGAAAAUAUUUUCUCGAUCGUGACGGUGUGCUGUUUCGUUACGUGCUCGAUUUUUUGCGGAAUCAAGCGCUAACGCUGCCCGAGGGAUUCCGCGAACGCGAGCGCUUGAGGAGAGAAGCGAUUUUUUACGGCCUCCCAGAACUCGAAAAGGCUACGCUAGUGCCCGGCAGUGAAACUAGCGUUUCUUCCAGUUCGAGCAACACCGGUAAACGUGCGAUCGGCUAUAUAACCGUCGGUUAUCGAGGCAGUUUCGCUUUCGGACGGGACGGUCUCGCGGACGUUAAAUUUCGUAAAUUAGCGAGAAUAUUGGUGUGCGGGCGUAUGGUACUGUGUCGCGAGGUAUUCGGGGAAACUCUCAACGAGAGUCGUGAUCCCGAUCACGGUAUGUCGGAUCGUUACACAUCGAGGUUUUUCCUAAAGCACAGCUCGAUCGAGCAGGCUUUUGACAUGCUGCAGGAGCACGGUUUCAAACUCGUUGCGAGCUGUGGCUCCGGCACCGCCGAUGGUAAUCCUGAGCAGCUCAAACCGGGCGUCGUUUCCGAAGAGAAUCGUUGGAAUCAUUACAACGAGUUUGUCUUUGUGAGGGAUUAAGCCGACGGGGGGAAAAGCCCCGACGACCUCACUUGCGAAAAACUUCCGUGAUUUUUGUUAUCUCGCAUCGACGCGCCACCGUGAGACGAAGCACAUCCAAUUUCCGUAAAAGCACGAUUGGGAGAGAACUCGUUCGCUCCCUUACAGAGUCGAGGAAGAAUAAAAAUGAGAAAGAGCAUUCCUACUUAUUUCCGAAAACGUGGAUAAAUUGCGAAGGAUUUAUCCAAACUGCGGGGAAACCCUGCUUUUGUUUUGUUUGUUUUUUUUUUUUGUUUGUUUUUUUUUCAUCUUAUCAACGAAAGAGCGAUGAAGCUUUUGCUAUAUUCAGGCCAGUGAAAAAGUAUCGCAUUAUUCGAGGGAAAGAAUCGUUGAAAAAUAAACAAGAAAGAUGGACCGUUGCUGUUUUUCAUACGUGGUCGAACAUUUCGAGGGGUGGUUCGCCUGCCGACACGGCGAUUGAAGGGGGGGAAAAAGAUUUGACGAUGUUGACACGAUGCGAAGUAGUCGAGGGGAGUGGAACGAUAAUAAAAGAAAAAACAAAUCGUUUGCGAAUGGGAAAGUAAUGGAAGAAAAACACGUUGGAAUAGAUCGCCGACGGAGCAGCGAUAAUUUUGAAAAACUUUUCAAUUCGUUAGUAAAAUGCGAGUGGGAAUAAUUCUGACGACUGCUGUGACGCGCUAUCGAAGAGAACGAAUCAGCGUGUGGUCAGACACCUCGUCGUCUGCGUUCUGCGUCUGUUUUCAUCGUCACUGAUUUCUCGGACGACCAAUGAGUCUGCUUACAAUACUUUGCGGGCACACGCAGCGUCGAGAUGCAUCAAGAUAAUCAAAGUAUACAUUCAAGAAAAAAAUAUAAAACGACGAACCAAAAUAACGAAUGGAAAACGAGCACGAUGAAAUGAAAGUUUACGAUGGAUUAUUUUGUAGGUAAAGAAAAAAAGAGCGACGAAAUUAUUCCUGUAGAAAAUUGUUUGGCCUUUCGAAUAGCAUAGAAAAAUAAAUCCCGGAACGAAAGGUCGCCUCGUUUUUCCUCCUCCUCUUCCCCCUCCGCCCCUCUGUCCCACGGAGAGUUUUUACUACGAGCGGGAACUUGCCGAUCGAUUUUUCAAUUUCCUCAAAUCUUUCAGCACCGCCGUAUAAACACCCCCCCCCCCCCCCACACACACACACACACACACACACACACACACACACACACACACACACACACACACACACACACACACGUAUAUGUGAAUGUAUACAUAUAGCGGAAACGGGUCUGCGAAGUUUUAGACUUCCGAUGUAGCAUUUAAGACAAUUAUCGAACACCGCGUACGUUUGAUUUUCUUUUUCCGGCCAAUAAAAACCAUUACCGCGUCUCGCCAAAUACUUAAUUUUUUUUUUUUACUUCCAUUUGUUGACCUGCGAUGCAAUGUAAAAAACGUCAGCUCUAUUCUUUUUACGUUUUUAUUCUCUCUUCGGUCGGGCAACCAUAUAUUUUCCACGCAAUAAAAUAUGAUGAAAUCCCAGAUAUUUUGUUCUAACCACGCUAAAUAUUUGCAACGAGAAUUAUAUUCUUAUUAUUUGAGGAAAAUUCACUCCACAGCAGCCCUUACGCUGCUUGGUGGGUGGAAAAAAAUGGAUUUUCUGCUCACUUCAUGCGGUUGUCUCAACACUGCGCUUCAACCGACAAACGUUUCGUUUUCAUUGGAACAGAGUUCAUCCGAUUCGCCCAAAUGAUUUGAAUUUUUAUCUAAUAAUUGGUCAGCCGAGCCGGCCUGUAAAUAAUCAACUCUCAGGAUCGUUAUCGAUCGAUCAAUUUUUACUAAGACACGCGCGGUAAUAUUGACACAGACGAACAGAGAACCGACUCGAUCUGGACCGCGUGACACACGUUGCGACAACAAAAAUUAAAACAAGCGAAUGAGAAAUUCUCUCCGAGACGGAGUGCAUAAUUCUUCCUCCCGUGGCUCAGCUCAUUGUAUGAGACUACAAGGGUAAAACUAGGCUAAUUAAGAAUGAUGCGUGAAUGUCGAUGCUUUAUGAGCGCGUGCGGUCUGCUGUGCUGCGAGAGGUGAACCGAAAAAAAUAAGGACGAAAAAACAGCGUGAUGGCGUUUUCUUCGCCAUCGCAAACGGCGCGCGCGCGUGUUGUGUGUACUGAUGUGCGUGUGCUAUUCGAGACCGUGAUGGGAGAGUGAGGCUAUAACACGCGAACGAGAAAAAAUAACGAGGUAACGAAGGACGAGUAAAUAAGAAAAAAAACGUUGGAACAAAGUGGAUUUAUUUGAAAGAAGAAUAAAAAAGAACGCCCAUCCCAAACAGAGUCGGAUAUGAAACAAAGUUAUUUAUAUUCUCUCCGAAGAGAAAACGCAAUUUGUGCGGGAAAUGAUUUUUUUCCUGCGGAACCUACAAUACUAGAAAAGCAACGAUUUUUUACUGCGCUCCGAUACUGUAAUGAAGUUACGUUCGAAUCUUCCUUCAACGAGAAAUGGUCCACUUGAUAUUCGUUUAUGGGUUUAUUAUUAUUAUUAUUAUUAUUAUUAUUUUCAUCGAAUAUUUAGUUAGCAGAGAUAAAAUAUUGGGCGUGUUUGAUCGCGAGAUGGUGAUUGUUACAGAUAAACUUACUGUUAGAAAUAUGAAUCAAUUUUCCGAUGAGACGACAAAACCGCGAACUCUCCGUUCUCUAGGAUUUUCAUUCGCUUUUUUUCCGACCCCGAUAUAGAAUAAUAUCUUUCCACAUUCUUCCACUUUACCCCGAUGCUAGUCAUAAAUCAAAGUUUAUUUCUUUUGGCUUAUUUCCCUAAAUUGAUAUUCGAAUAUUCGAAUGGUACAGAAGCUUUUUAUUCGCCAUUUUUCUGUUCGGUCAUGGAAUGAUGCUCGCAAAAGGAUAAGAUUGCCGGCUGACAUAUUCGUGACGAAAUUCUAUCUCUCGAGCGAAUUUCGUAACGCUGAAAGGUCGACACGUGAUAAAAACCUUUGAUUCAUGUCGGCGCUGAAAGACGGAGGGAUUGGUGACGAGGAUUAACCCUCGAUCCUGCUUCGCGGGAUUUUCCUCCUUUUUUGCGGUUUAUCCGAGUCGGUGACGCGCUGGUUGGAUAAACACAGCGACGGGUGUAGAAUAAAAAUGAGAUGAGGAUGAGCAUAAAACGUCAUCCCUUGAGAACCCACGUUUUUACUUCGCUACCUUUCAUUUUGCGGAUUUAUACUCGUGCACUUUCACGCUGUUAAUACUCGAAAAGCGAUUUCACAAGCUAACGAAAAAAAAUUGUCAACGCUAACGAAGGCGAGCGGUUGUGAAACGAUUGUUAAACGAAGGAUCUUCUGAGCAUAACUUCCUCCACCGCUUUCUCACUUUUUCUGCACUGGUUGCACCAACAUUUCCUGAUUGUUUUUCACUACUUUUUCCGCUCUACUCGUGAGACGCAACGAUUACGAAAAUAUCAUGCCAAAAAGCGCGAAAUUCACUCCCGACACAAUCCGCUGCUUGAAAAACUCGUUUGCCGUUGACCAAUCAGCGUGAUUCUGAACGCCUGCUACCUUAUUUGGGCGCCUCGUGGCAGCACCGGGGCCUUGACGACCAGCGCCCCAUCAUCAGCCAUUAUUUUUAUCAUAUUUCAGUCGUGUUUGACCAACCCCGUCCUUGACAAGUUUCCAAGACCGAACAAGGAAUUUUUUUCCCGCAUUUUUAUAACGUUUAUUACGCUCCGCGUUCUUUUCAUUGAAAACAUAAUAAAGGGGAUGGAUACCUGGCGGAGGCUCGCGCGAUCGUUAACAAGCUCUCAUCGGGAAGUCGUGAUUUUACGAGCGUUUAGGCUCCGUUGUAAUAUAUUGAAUCGAGGGUAAGAAGAGAUAUGAAACCCACACAAAACUAUAUAUAUAUAUAUGUAAUAUAUCUUUAAGAUAACGCUCUAUGACUUUUGGGCCUUAGCUGGCAUAAACGGGUAUAACAUGUACUAUUAUUAUGACUAAUUAGCCGCCGGAAUUUUUCGUGUCGUCGAAUCGCACACGUUGCGUAUCUUCCACCGAGGUCUGUCUUUCACUACGAUGAUGCGACGGCCGUGGAUAAGAGGGAAGUAAAAACGAGAAACGGAAGAGAAGCAUAAUAAAAAAAAGAUUGAUCGUUGAUAUGCAUCACGAAUGAAGAGUUUAUGACCAAUAAUGAUAUUUACACGAUCUAUAGAGAAAACUAAUAGACAUGUAAGACCCGCGUAUCAAAAUGUGCGUGCGUAUAUAAUUCGUGAUAUAUAUAAAAAUAUAUGCACACUCAAUAUAUUACGAAUAAGCGAGCAGCGAGGUUCUGGAGCCUCGUUCGGAUAAAAGUAACUCAAUGUGAUGUAAACAAUGUUCAUAUUAUUCCUCAUAAUUGAGUAAAAAAAAAGAGGGAGCAUUGAAUCGUAAAUAUAAUUGAAAUAUAAAAAAUAUGACAACGCGGCUGAAAGGGGGUGCGAGAAACUUGAAUCAAACAUAAUUCACUCAGCUUUUAAAUUUCAUGUUUACUUAGAUUCGUCGAUACGCAGUUUCCCCCACUGUUUCAAGGAAGUACCAUCGUCCCGUCGGGUCCGAGCAUACCGAACUCGACUCUCCACAGUCGUUUGUUGACAAACAGUUCUCGCUAGUGUGUUCCCCCAAAAUUCGAGCAAGCUUACCGAAGCACGGACUGCAUGCUAGUCAAAUGAGUGCUAAAUUUUCAAAACGUUUUUAGACCAAGUUCAACGUACCGAUUAAACUUAUUGUUAGUAGAUCAAGCAUAUUUUAUUAACGUGAAAAAAUAUUGAAA